UAUUUCCGAUACGGCUAACGGACACGAUCCCGUGGAGCGUACUAGUAGUUAAUUGCGCUAGCUGUGGUUAGGGAGUAAAACAUAUAAGGAAACACCAAGUCUUCAUAUCUUGGAUCUUUAGCAGGAUUGUAAUGUCCAUAAUCCCUUUUCGAAAAGAACUUGCAGCUUGCCAGCCUGUUACGAUCCUAGAAUGAGCUCCCAUACCGAGACUUCGGCCCCAUCCACGAUAGGGAGCGAUGUCGUAGGAAUGAGAGAAAACACUUCGCCGGUAUUUGGCCAGCGAAUGCUUCAACAUUUCGACUUCGACCCAAGUUGUCGUAACUUGAAUCAUGGGUCUUUUGGAGCAAGCCCUCGGGAGAUUAGAAAAAAGCUCUGCUGGUUUCAGGAUCUCGCUGAAGCAAGGCCCGAUCAAUUCAUUCGCUAUGAAGCUCCCGAUAUUCUGAACGAGUCCCGGGAAGCUGUGGCAAAACUACUCAAUGCACCUACUGACACGGUCGUGCUUGUUCCAAACGCUACUGUUGGAGUGAACACAGUCCUGCGGAAUAUUGACUGGAACGAUGACGAGAAGGACGAGAUUCUUUACUUCAGCACUAUAUACGGAGCGUGCGGGAAUACUAUUGACUACCUAGUAGAUUCAAGCCAUAGCCGUAUCUCAGCACGUGAAGUACGGUUAACAUAUCCACUCGAGGAUGAAGAAGUCAUCGCUGCCCUCAAAGAUGCGAUAGAAGCUUCUACCAAAUCCGGGAAACGUGCGAGACUUUGCCUCUUCGAUACAAUAUCCAGUCUCCCGUCUGUUCGUUUACCCUUCGAGCAGAUCACCAAAAUCUGUAGAGAAACCGGAAUCCUAAGUCUCAUCGAUGGGGCUCAAGGGGUUGGAAUGAUCGACAUCGAUCUAAAGGGACUCGAUCCUGAUUUCUUUGUUUCGAACUGUCAUAAGUGGCUUUUCGUGCCUAGGAGCUGCGCCGUCCUUUACGUCCCUGAGCGAAAUCAGGCGAUGAUCAAGUCGUCGCUCCCGACUUCUCAUGGAUAUAUCCCCAAAUCUGGAAAGCGGUUCAACCCGCUGCCGAAGCAUAAUGGGUCUAACUUCGUCAAUAACUUUCAGUUUGUGGGCACUCUAGACACGAGCGCAUAUCUUUGCGUAAAAGACACCAUAGAAUGGCGACAUCGAGUCCUCGGAGGCGAAGCCAAGAUAAUAGAAUAUAUCCAGACACUAGCGAGGGAGGGAGGUAAAAAGACAGCAUCCAUUCUCGGGACGUGGGUUCUGGAUAAUAAGUCGAACUCAAUGUCCAAAUGUGCAACCACCAACGUUGCUCUGCCUUUAGGACCUGAAGAUAGUAUCCGGGCUUCAGGAUGGAUGAUGGAAACAAUGAUGUCUGACUAUAAGACGUUCAUCCCGUUGUUCAGGCAUAAUGAUCGCUUAUGGGCCAGAAUAAGUGCCCAAGUUUACCUCGAUAUUCAAGAUUUUGAAUGGGCUGGCCAUAUUCUCCUCGAGCUCUGCGACAGGGUGAAAAGAGGUGAGGAUAGGAAUGUGUGAGCUGGCAAAUAUCCCAUGGGAAUGUUAUUAUGAUAGAAACAUUCUUACCCCAAUUUACAGAGAUUAUCAUAGUUCAGAAAGAGAAUAUUGAACAUUUAUGACCGGCCUAGUUGGUCUACUAA